ACCUGAUAUUCAAAGAGAUCUCAGAUCUCUGAAGAGGCUCAUGAAAGUCAGAGGAGAUCCGGCCACACAGGAUUGUGGGUUUUUCUUCCUCCCCCUUCGAGCACAGCAGCGUUUGUGAGUUUGUGGCACGGGACAUGAAGCGGAGUUUGGGGUUGAUUUCACUGGCUGUGUCUCUCUGGUCCUCCCUGGGAUGGGGGCUAUCGUGUUCGAACAAGGAAUAUCUCCUCCCAAAUGGGAAAUGCUGCAAAUAUUGUCCACCAGGAGAAGAACUGGUGAAACGCUGCACGGUGGCAUCCCCGACCAAGUGCGAGCCUUGCGAUGAGAAUUACUACAACGACGUCUAUACCUACUCGCGGUGUAAACCUUGCACCGACUGUAACACUGACCGAGGCCUCGAGGAGAUAAGACCAUGCCAGAGGACUUCAAACACUGUCUGCACCUGUCUUCCUGGCCAUGCUCCCGAAGAAAGCCAACUUGAGGAGAAAAGAUGCAAACCCUGUCCUAGAGGGUAUUUUUCCAAAGGAGGGAACAUGAAAUGUCGCCCUUGGACCAAUUGCACAGCCAGCGGCAGCAAAACCCUACGGCCCGGGAAGCAGGAUGAGGAUGCGAUUUGUGACACACCAUCCAGCAAGGUUCCCACCCAGGGCACCAUCACGCAACCCACUCCCUUUCCAAAGACCCCUGUCCUCACCAUGGAGCUGGAUUCCUCUCCGACGGUUGUGCCUACAAAUCCAGGAUUUGUAUGGAUUCUGAUCACCUUUGUCCUCCUGCUGACCGUAGCUGGGGCCUUGGUCCUCCUGUUCUCUUAUCGCAGGACGAAGAAAAAGAAACUGGACAUUUUGUGCAACGGGAUUUAUGCCAUCCCUUGCAAGGUUUCAGAAGAGAACGAUUUUCGAAUGCCAAUCCAAGAACAAGAAGUCGGGGAUAAAUCCGAAUUUGUUCAGGGCUGA